CACAUCUCUCUAAUGUUUCAGAUAUGGAACGAUGAGUUUCUUGUUUGGGAUCCUGAAGAGUUUGAUGGAAUCACUGAAAUAUCGCUGUCCUCGGAUGCCAUCUGGGUCCCUGAUAUCAUCAUAAGUGAAUUCGUCGAUGUUGGCAAAUCCCCAGUCAUCCCAUAUGUUUAUGUCAACUGCACAGGAACAGUAAAAAACUACAAACCCAUCCAGGUGGUCUCAGCCUGUCACCUGGAGAUUUAUGCCUUUCCCUUUGACAAGCAGAACUGCACUCUGACCUUUCGCAGCUGGCUCCACUCAGUGAAUGAAGUGGAUUUAGCUCUGUGGAGGCCUGCUGAGGAAAUCGCCAAUGACACAAGAGAAUUCAUGAAUGACGGUGAAUGGGAGCUGCUGUCCGUCCCUUCUCACUACUGGAUACUGAAUAUAGAGGAUAGAGACUACGCACAGAUUCAGUUUAAUGUGCUGAUCCGCAGGCGCCCCCUACUGUACGUGGUAAGUCUGCUCAUCCCGAGCAUCUUCCUCAUGGUGGUGGAUGUCACCAGCUUCUAUCUGCCUCUGACCAGUGGCACUCGCAUCACUUUCAAGACCAGCAUUCUCUUGGGCUACACUGUAAUCAGAGUCAAUAUGAUGGAUGAAAUCCCUGCUACCGCUAUUAAAACACCACUCAUUGGGACCUUCUUCGCUGUCUGCAUGGCGCUGCAGGUGCUGAGUUUGGCAAUGUCCAUUUUUGCAGUGAAGCUUUUGUAUUACAGUGACAAAGAAUUCAAGGAGAUGUCCAUAUCUGCCAGCUUACUAGACAAAUACGUCUCAACGGAUAAGAGCUGUACUGAGAGCGCUUUCACAUCAGUAAAGACACUGGAUGAUGUGAAGCAGUCUGGGGGCUAUGAGUUUGAUCUCUCUCCAGAGCCAGACCUGUUCUCCCUGACAGAAGUCUCAAACAGUGACUUUCCACUGGAGAAGAUCCUGCAGGAGGUGAUGUCUCUCAGACUGUACCUUCAGGAGGAGGACAAUGAGGGCAGUUCACAGUCCUACUGGGUGGAACUGUGCCUGAAAGUGGACAAGCUCCUCUUCAGCUUGUACCUGUUACUUGUGUUCGUCUUUGUCAUGACUCUGCUGCUGCACUGGGGUGACUGGAGCUCUGCCUGAAAGUCUAAUGGAAGUGGUAGGGAAAAAGAGGCGUAAUGAGAAAAGAAAGUUAAAAACGGAGGUAGAGGGGAUGGAGAAAGUUGCAACAAAGUAACAGAUUUCACAACUACAGUUUCAGUUUUAAUGUUUAACUAAAGUAUAAUUAAUAGAAUUUGAUACCAACUAUUAACAUUAAUUCAGACUUUCUUCAGUAGAUUGACUUUCUUUCAGUAACGGAAUAAUCAUAAUUACUAGCUGCUAGCAAGUAGCCUUUGUGUUGUAUGUGAAUG